AGCAGCAAUGACGGGACAUGGAAGAACGAUCCGAACGCCGUGAGCCAGAUGGAACUUGUUGAUGACGGAGACGAGAACAAGGAGCGCGGGAACUGGUCCAACAAGGCCGACUACAUCCUCUCCUGUAUCGGGUACGCCGUCGGGCUGGGAAACGUCUGGAGGUUCCCCUACCUCGCUUACGAGAACGGCGGAGGUGCGUUUUUGAUCCCGUACGUUGUGAUGUUGGUGUUUGCCGGCCUUCCCAUCUUCCUGUUGGAGACCUCCCUCGGACAGUUCGCCAGCCAGGGACCGAUCCGUGUCUGGCGCUGUCUGCCUCUCCUGCAAGGUAUCGGUUACACCCAGGUGAUAGCGUCGGCGCUGGUGGGGAUCUACUACAACUGCAUCAUCGCGUACACACUGUUCUACCUGUUCUCGUCUUUCACCUCUGACCUCCCGUGGAGAACCUGCAACAACACCUGGAACACCGGCGACUGCGUGGAGAGCUUCUCUCUCAAAAACUGGACCGGAAAUAUUUCAAGCCGCGUCAGUCCAAGCUCGGAGUAUUUUGACCGGUACAUGCUGACGCGCUCGUCUGGAAUAGACGAGCCGGUAACGGUGAAGUGGGAGCUGGCGCUGUGUCUGCUGCUGGCCUGGAUCGUUGUCUACUUCAGCCUCAUCAAGGGCAUCAAGUCCUCCGGAAAGGUCCGUAUGCUUACAACCUGUGAUACCCUGAUUGUGGCCCUGACGAACUGCGCGACGAGCGUGUUCGCCGGUUUCGUCAUCUUUUCCAUUCUCGGUCACAUGGCCUUGAAGCUGGGCGUCACGGUACCUGAAGUCGCGAAAUCAGGUUUUGGCCUGGCCUUUGUCGCGUAUCCCGAAGCCCUGACCUUGCUGCCAGUCUCACCGCUAUGGGCCAUUAUCUUCUUCCUCAUGCUCUUCACCCUCGGAUUGGACAGUCAGUUCACGAUCGUGGAGACGGUUGCCACGGCGAUCUGUGAUGGCUGGCCGAAGCUUCUGUGGAAGAAGAAAUGGCUGGUGAUGCUGGGCAUCUCCGUGCUGUGCUACUUGCUGGCCAUGCCCUGUCUCACACAUGUACGUAGCCAUGCCCUGCCUCACACAUGUACGUAUGCUACCUGCUGGCCAUGCCCUGCCUCACACAUGUACGUAUGCCCUGCCUCACACAUGUACGUAUGCUACCUGCUGGCCAUGCCCUGCCUCACACAUGCUGGUAUCUACCACGUUAACCUGAUUGACUCCUACGCGGGUGUCUACCCUCUCAUCAUCGUGGCCAUCAUGGAAUGUAUCGGCAUCUCUUACCUCUACGGUUUGAAACGAUUCUGCAAGGACAUCGCCAUGAUGGCUGGUUCCGAGCCCAACUACUACUGGCAGGCAAACUGGGCUUUCAUCACACCGGCCCUGCUCACCUUCGUGCUGAUCUUCAGUUUCGUGUUCCACGAAGACGUGUCGUACGGACCCAUCCAGUACCCGGGCUGGGCCCUCGCGCUGGGCUACCUCAUCCUGGUCUUCUGCGCCAUCUGGAUACCCGGUGUGGCCGUCUACUGGCUCGUCGUCACUCCCGGUACCUUCAUGGAGGUGAGGCAUCGGGUUUCAGGGGUAGUAUGUAAGGCUCGGGUUUCAGGGGUAGUAUGUAAGGCUCGGGUUUCAGGGGUAGUAUGUAAGGCUCGGGUUUCAGGGGUAGUAUGUAAGGCUCGGGUUUCAGGGGUAGUAUGUAAGGCUCGGGUUUCAGGGGUAGUAUGUAAGGCUCGGGUUUCAGGGGUAGUAUGUAAGGCUCGGGUUUCAGGGGUAGUAUGUAAGGCUCGGGUUUCAGGGGUAGUAUGUAAGGCUCGGGUUUCAGGGGUAGUAUGUAAGGCUCGGGUUUCCAAGUACUGUAGAAGUUAG